AUAAAUUUAGAGUAGUGUUGAUAUAUAUACGACGAGAAUGGAUAAAUACAAGAAGUUAUCAGAUUUUCUCAAGAAAUUUUAUAUUCCUUCGUACGUUCUCUCGCCUGAUCAUGAAGCCGAGCUUGUGGCUGAGCCCAGUAGUAGUAGUAGUCCACCUGAGAACCCAAUCCUCGUAUUCGUCAACUCCAAAAGCGGAGGUCAACUAGGAGCAGAACUCAUCCUUACCUACCGCACUUUGCUCAACGAGAAGCAGGUUUUUGACCUAGAGGUAGAGACUCCGGAUAAGGUUCUGCAGAGGAUCUACAAUAAUCUAGAGAGGCUAAAGGACGAUGGUUUCGCUUGCAAGAUUCGGGACAAGUUGAAGAUCAUUGUUGCAGGGGGAGAUGGAACAGCUGCUUGGCUCCUUGGAGCUGUUUCUGAUCUUAACUUAUUCAAUCCACCUCCAAUUGCUACGGUUCCUUUGGGUACAGGAAACAACCUUCCCUUUGCAUUUGGAUGGGGUAAGAAAAAUCCUGGAACAGAUGGUUCUUCAGUGGAGUCUUUUUUGGAACAAGUAAUCAACGCAAAAGAGAUGAAGAUAGACAACUGGCAGAUACUUAUGAGGAUGAAGGCUCCCAAGAAGGACUCUAGUAACACUAUUGUACCACUUAAGCUACUACAUUCUCUUCAUCAGGUUUUACCAUCAGAUCAAGAAUAUAUGGAAGAUUGCAAAACAUUUCGUGGGGGAUUCUGGAAUUACUUUAGCUUGGGGAUGGAUGCUCAAGUAUCUUAUGCAUUUCAUUCCGAGAGAAAACUGCACCCAGAAAAGUUUAAAAAUCAGUUGGUUAAUCAGAGCACAUAUCUAAAGCUUAGUUGCACACAAGGAUGGUUUUUUGCCUCUCUUUUUCACCCUUCUUCACAAAACAUAGCUCAGCUUGCAAAGGUUCAGAUUUGUAAUAAAAGUGGCCAGUGGAAUGACCUUAACAUUCCCCAAAGCAUCAGGUCCAUAGUAUGUUUGAAUCUUCCUAGCUUCUCUGGAGGACUAAAUCCUUGGGGAACACCAAAUCCCAAGAAACAACGUCAUAGAAGCCUAACUCCACCAUUCGUUGACGAUGGGCUCAUUGAAAUCGUUGGGUUUAGAAAUGCUUGGCAUGGUCUUGUUCUGCUCACUCCAAAUGGUCAUGGGACAAGAUUAGCACAGGCAAACCGAGUUCGAUUUGAGUUCAAGAAAAGUGCAGCUAAACAUGCAUACAUGAGAAUGGAUGGAGAGCCAUGGAAACAACCACUUCCAUUGGAUGAUGAAACUGUGAUGGUCGAGAUCUCACAUCAUGGACAAGUCAACAUGCUUGCAACCAACAGUUGCAGCUCCAAAAGCAUGCAUGCAUGAGUCUUCUCCCGCAAUCCAGUCUAGUGAUGAUGCAAAUGGCUCAUCAGUGGUUAAAUGCGAGGAUUUUAGAAACUCCGGUGCGGCUGAUCCAGUUAAUAAGAUAAGCAACACUCUUUGAUAUAUAUUCACUUAUGUUCGACUCUUAACACAAUAUUACUCCUUUUUUUCUGUGACUUCUGUGUUCAGACUUCAAUUUAAACUCAAAUCUCGUUGGGAAGUUU